AGAGCCUCUCGGCCUACAGGUUUAAUGGCGAUGAGAAGUGCUACGUCCUGUACGAAAGCCUUGAGGAGGCCGAGGACACUGCAGAGCUGUUGGAGGAUCUGGAACAGAUGGAAGAAGGAGAGGUUGAUGCCGCCGAACGCCGUUCAGAGAUAUUCCUGUCUGUGGACGAAGAGCGAGGCCAUGUGGAGCGGUCUGUGCUAAGUGAGAGCAUGGCGGAGUUCUGCGAGGGACUGAGGACUCACUGGGCCGUCAAGUCUUCCACUGAGACUACCCCCACCCCAGGGGCAACUGUGGAGGAGGAAGAAGCUGAAGCUAAUGCAGAGAUGGAGGAGGAAGUUCUGUCUGGAACCAACGGAACGAUUGCUGUGCAGCAGCGUAAGAAACGCGUGGUUGGGACCAGAGUCUGCUACUGGGCCACCAGAAACAUCUGCAGCCGUACUUGCGGCAGGGUGUGCGGGAAGCGUCGUCGCCGGGCUCUGACGGAUGGCGAGCCGGACCAGGAGGUGAAGAAGCGCGCCAAGCGUGGGUGGAUCCGCCGUGUGGUGAGGAGGGUGGUGUCCGCCGUCUGCAGGGCUGUGUGCACUUGGGGGUGCCGUGCCCUUCGGGUUAAGGUCUGCACCUGGGUCGGCUAGGGUGGCCAUGCAUUGUCAACAAAUACACUGGCAACAGGAAAACUUAGUUUUUCCUUAACUGAUCAUGAAGAUUUGAGUCUUAGAUAUGUGGUGUCAACUUCAUUCGACUUUUGCUUUAGUCUUUGUUUUUGGAUACGGAUGUUGUUGUUAUCUAUUCAAAGUUGUCGACAACAGAUUGUGACGUUAUUAAUAUCCUGUAGAGCAAGCGAACAAAUGAGUAAGGUGAAGUUCAAUUCGUUCUGCAACAAUGUGAAGCUACAGGCUUUUAGAUAAACUUUCUUAGAACAAUCAUCUUUUGUUUUGAGGUGGUUCCUAUACAUGUCCUACAAACGUGUAGUCUCUGUGUGGCCUUUGAGAUAUCUGAAGUUGCAGAAGUUAGGAAGAUAAUGCAAG